AUGCCCCUCGAUCCUUCCCAUCCAGACUACUGGACUGAGGUCCUGCAAUUUACAUCAAUAGUUCACCGAGAUGUCUAUCCCGCCAUAGAUACCACAAAUGAGAAGAUUCGAGGCAUUGCCCACGAUAAAGUAGUCCUCGUUACUGGCGCUGGGAGUGGAUUUGGCGAGGGUGCAUGUCUGCAGUGGGCGAGGGCAGGCGCUCGGGCAAUCGUCCUAGCAGCGAGAAAUCAAGAGCGCAUCACUCACGUUGCCACGAAUCUCCGCGACAUUGCUCCUGCAGUCAAGACAUUAGCAGUAAGAACGGACGUCUCUUCAGAGAAGGAUGUCGACAACCUAUUCACCGAGGCCGUCAACAGCUUCGGUCAGGUGGACGUGGUCAUCCAUGCCGCCGGUGUAUUGGGCCCGGUUGUUGAGUUGAAGGAAGCCCCGGUUGACGAGUGGUGGCGAGCAUUUGAGAUAAAUACGAAGGGGACAUUCCUAAUCGCCAGGGCUUUGGCAAGAGUAAGCCACAGCCGAGAAGCAACCUUCAUCCAGACUGGGACCGCUGCAUCCUACUUUGCAAGCCCCGGACAGUCAUCCUACACAGCUGCCAAGGCAGCUGGAAACAUGCUUGUGGACCAACUUCAUGCUGAAUACAGUACUAUCCGGGUCUUCAAUGUCCAUCCCGGGAUGUCAAAGAGCCCCGUCCUCCGCAAGGAGCUCGAGGUAUACGCAAAAGACACUCCCGAACUCUUUGGCAGUCUCACCAUCUACCUAUCUGGUAAACAUGCUGAUUUCCUCCGCGGACGUUUCAUUGUGGCGAACUGGGAUGUGCAAGACUUGGAGAAUCACGAGGAUGAGAUUGUCACACAGGGACUGCUCAAAAGCCAGCCGUUCAAGGGAGAUAUUGGUCCUGGGGGGCACUGGAAAACGUCUACCGAAUAG